UAACGUAGGCGCCAGGAUCGACGGAGGGGGGAAGAGAAGAUAAAAUGUGAUAUUUCUGCCUAUGCUGUACCAAUUUCGACACUUUUUCAAGGUGAACUUUAAUCGAGGCACGCCACCUUCCCUUGUAUUGACACUUUCACUCGAGUGCGGGACUUCAGUGGUCGUUUUCCACCGCUGCUCGUGAUGUCAGACGGCGGCUGGGUCAUGUGAAGGUCAGUAGCGGAGGAGGAGGUUCACGGAGAGUUCACUCGCAUACAUUAGGUAACACCAUCGCUCGCUUCUGACAUAACUAGUAUGAAGCAGGUUGAGUUGAGACAUUCGUCAAUAAAGACGAGAUAAGGAGAAGGAAGAAGAAGAAGAAGGAGAAGGAAGAAGUCCCGGGACAAACUUUGUUAUGCUUAAACUGCCUCUGGAUCUGGAUGUGUUUACUCGCCGCUUCCUCCCCGCUGGAGGACCACAGUCCGCCGCUGACAUGCAGUUUCUGAGCGUCUAUCGGAAAUCUAGUUCGUGUUCCUGAGCGCACACGAUGCCUUUGACCACAGACAUGUUUUACUCUUAAAAAAAAACUUCGUUCACGUCAAGUAUAAACCUGCAAAUAGAGGAGAAACCCGCCCUGCUUGCGAAGGAAGGAAGGGCUCCAGAUCCACACACUUCGCCACCAUGUUCGACUAUCUGGAAUUUCAAGCUUUCGGUCCAGAAGAAUUCGUGGACUUCUACACCACAUCCAGCCCGGCCUGCGUGCUCCAGGACCAGGAGCAGGACCAGGACCAGGAUCUGUCAGCCUUCUUCCCCGAGCUGAUGGAGGCGGUGGACUGGCAGCAGCACCGGUGCUCACAAUCAGUUGGAAGCCAGAGCUCCAGCUCCAGUUCCGGCUCAGAUGACCUGUUCGCCAGCCCGUCCUCCCCGCCGCCCCCUCCUCGCACUUACAAGCCCUGUUUUGUGUGUCAAGACAAGUCCUCGGGCUACCAUUAUGGCGUCAGCGCCUGCGAGGGCUGCAAGGGCUUCUUCCGCCGCAGCGUGCAGAAAAAUAUGGUGUACACCUGCCACAGAGACAGAAACUGCAUCAUCAACAAGAUCACCAGGAACCGCUGUCAGUACUGUCGGCUCCAGAGGUGCUUCGCUGCGGGAAUGUCCAAGGAGUCUGUGAGAAAUGACAGAACUCGGAGGAAGGGGAAGAAGGAAGCGGUGAAGAUGACCAUCAUGGAGACGUAUGAACUGACGGCAGAGCUCGGCUUGGUGGUGGAGAAGAUCUGCAGGGCUCACAGAGAGACCUUCCCCGCUCUCUGCCAGCUGGGAAAAUACACCACAAACUCCAGCUCAGACCACAGGAUCCAGCUGGACCUCGGGCUGUGGGAUAAGUUCAGCGAGCUCGCCACCAAGUGCAUCAUCAAGGUGGUGGAGUUCGCCAAGCGAGUGCCUGGUUUCACCGGCCUGACCAUCGCCGACCAGAUCACUCUGCUCAAAACUGCCUGCCUCGACAUCCUGAUCCUGAGGAUUUGCACUCGCUACACUCCAGACCAAGACACUAUGACCUUUUCCGACGGGCUGACACUGACCCGCACUCAGAUCCACAAUGCUGGAUUUGGACCUCUGACAGAUCAGGUUUUCACAUUUGCUGGCCAGCUGCUGCCGCUGCAGAUGGAUGACACAGAGAGCGGCCUCCUCAGCGCCAUCUGUCUCGUCUCUGGAGACCGUCAGGACCUGGAGGAGCCGUCGAAGGUGGAGGUGCUGCAGGAGCCUCUGCUGGAGGCGCUGAAGAUUUACUCCCGCAAGCGGCGGCCCAGCAUGCCCCUCAUGUUCCCCAAGGCCCUCAUGAAGAUCACUGACCUGCGCAGCAUCAGCGCCAAAGGAGCUGAGAGGGUGGUGACCCUGAAGAUGGAGAUCCCGGGCUGCAUGCCACCUCUGAUCGAGGAGAUGCUGGAGGAUCUCCAGAACCUGGAGAAGAACCAGAAGAAACACUCGGAGGAGAGUUCAGAGAAGCAAAACACAGGCACACACACAUCCACACACACACCGCCUCCUCACAGCACAUGAACUCCUCUGACUUCUUACUCCGAAGACGAUCAAAGAACAAUGGCUCCCGUUUUCCCUCGCAGAGAAAACACUAACGCUGUACACUACAGGUGGAGUCCAGAGGGGUUCUAGUGUCUUACCUCAGUUUGUGGUUGGAGAACUGUCAGUACAGACUCACAGAUGAAAGAGCUAAUUUCUGCUUCGAAGGGGAAAAAAGAGAAUGAUGCAGUAAUGUUUUAAUCCUGGCAGCCGCCUCAUAACCACAACCUCUCUGUGUCAGGUCUCUACUGUAUUUAUAUUUGCAUGAGAUAUCACAUGGAGUAAUUUUUACCUCGUGAAAUAACAGUGCUUUUAGCAUUAGCGUAGCAAAGAUAGAGAACAUAUCGACUUAAUCUUCUGGAUUUUUAAAAAUUCUUUGAUGUACUAUGUGAAUUUUUUUUCACAUCUCAAAAUAUGUUUGUACAAGUUAUUGAUUUUCAUGUGUAAAAAGAAAAGCUGCAGACUAACUGAACACAUUUGGAAAACAUAAGCAGAUUUAUCUGUACAAAAGGGAAAUAUAAAUGUUUUUACUCAUAUAGAUGAAUGUUCCUAACUGACAUUAACAAGUUCACAAACAUAAAUCACAGAGAUUGUACAGGAAAAUGGUGAAGUAAAUACAGAAAACAAGUCAAGUACGUAACUAUGGUCUCAUUUGUAUAGUGUUACAUACUGUAUAUCGAUGUAGUUUGAAAUGGUAAAUGGUUGAUAUAAAGCUGGAGCCAGCAGUUGAGUAUUUGUUGUGGGUGUUUAUCAUCUUUAGACACUCAGUUGUUCACACAGGUGUAGAAUCAAGAGGUGUUCAGUUAAAGUAUGAGUAAAUCAUUGACACCAAAUCUUUAAAGGUACCAUAUCUUCAUUUUUGGGUUCACAUUUUUAUUGUGGGUGUCUACCAGAAAAUGUGCUGUAAUGUUUAAAAAACAUGUUGUUUUCUCAUGCUGUCCAGUGCUGCAACACCUCUAUUCACCCCCUGUCUGAAUGCUCCAUUUGGUCUCGGUCUGCUCUGACUGGUCAGUUCUCACAGGCCUGAGCUGGAACUCCCCGACAUUUUUUUUUUUUUCACACCAGCACUGCUGUUGUUUUUGCAACGAGUGCUUCAAUAACAGCGCCAGGCUGUGAAGCCAAUGUGACAUGGUGGCCGAACUGUGUAAUUACAACAUCACAUGAUGCACCAGGGCCUAAAAUAACAUCCCGGAUCAGAUCUUCCGUGUUGUGUGGCCCAUUGAGACUGCACACCAGAGUAAACGUUAGUUAAAGUUCUGACAGUGAAAUGAGUCAUUUCACAGUGGUUGUGAUGCUCAAAAUUAGUUAUCUGCCGUUUUACAGUCGCUUCUUUCACAACGGAAGCUGACGGGGAAAAGUCUUAUUGGGCCACAGUGCAUCACGUGACGAUGUAACUAAACAGUUUCCAAUACGUAACGUUCUUCCUGGGGGCUUGUUUUAUUCCCAUUGACUUUAGCAGAGCUCUAAAAUCCAAAGGUAACGGCUUGGUUGGAAGAAGUCUGUUGUGCAGCGCUUUAGGUCCCAGAUUGCAGAGGAUCUUGGUAAUGUCAUAAACAGGAAGUUGAACUAUUUUGGCCUAACGACCACUGAGCAGCUUUCCUAGGAAUGAAUAUGACUCCGCCUCAGACACUGUAUCCAGAUUUCCCUCAUUUAUAUCCAUGCUAACCCCACGUUAAAUCACAGAUUGUUGUUUUAACACUUUAAUUCUGUAAAUAUUAAACUAACAAGAUACAUGUUAAUUAGUCAGCUGAUCUGUGCUAUUGUUAGCUUUGGCCAGCUGUUUCCAGUCUUUGUGUAAAGCUAAGCUAACCGGCUGCUUGGUCCAGAUCUAUAUUGAACUGACAGACGUGAGAGUGGUAUCGAUCUGCUCCAUAUCACUGGAGAUCACUGCUCGAUUGUUUUGCAGUAUCAGAUAUAAAAAGUGUAUAAACUGUAUGGAAGCUAAUAUCCAACUUUAUUCUUUCACACAUGUUAUAAUAGUUUUAAUCCCAGAUGGCAUAUUUGCAGUUAUCGGUAGCUCCGGAUAUUCAAAAAGUUAAAGUUUGUUUUUAUACAGAAAAUAAACUUUUUCUUUAAUACAUUGCUUUGAUGAGUUUUGUUAAAAAAAACUCCAAACUUUAAUUUUGCAUGUAACAAAAUAAGCCACUUUUUAAAAAAAAACACAUCAGUGUUUUAUAUCAUCUUAUUGUACAUUAAUUUUACUGAAAUAUGAUACACUGAAAUAAUACUAAUAAUGAAAUAAAAGUACUAAAAAUGUAUCUGCGCCUGCAGCAGGAGGAAAAGGAUUAUAGCGAAAUAUGUUCUAAUGUUUGAGGAAACAAAAAGCUUCACAUGCAGCAGCGUUAUGUCUCAUUAUGUUGAAACAGAAGGAUGUUGUUCCCUGCCGUUAAUCUCCUGUAAGUAAACGAGCAGCCGGUGCACUGUAAGAACUCAUGUGCCUACUCUAAAUGUGCCAACAUCUUCCAUAUCCGGGAACUUUACAUAUGAUGUUUUUGUCGGUCUAUUAAAAAGUCUUUCCACUGAA